GGCUGGUGGGAGGCAGUGACCCCCAACCCCCCGCCCCCGCCCUGCCUCCUCCCGGGCCAUCCAGGGGGCACCAGGCGGCCGCAGCGCACCCCGCCCACGGCUUCUGGGGAGGCGGGCCCAGAAGGCGGGGCCUGAGGCUAUUUGAGGCGCAGGAGCCUGGAGGGACAGUCGCGACCCUGCUGGACACAGCCCAGAGCAGGGGAUGCUGAAGAUGAUGACCUUCCAAGGCCUUCCUGGCCAGCAGACUGCAACCCACAUUCUCCACCUGCCUAGAGACCCCCAGAGCCAGCUAUCCACGUCCGAGGCCAAGGCCUCCAUGUGGGAGGAGCCCUCGAGAGACCCGGUGGUCCCCCUGGAGGUGGAGGUAGCCCCUGAAAGGAAUGAGGAGGCAGCCAGGAAGAAGGAGAAGAAGAAGCCCAGGGGGCUGGCCAACAUGUUCAGUGUCUUCACCAAAGGCAGAAAGAAGAAGGAGCAGGAGGGGGAGCCUGCACCCCUGCUGGGGCAGGGGGGACAGAUGCCCACAGUGGAGGAGCUGAAGGCGGCGCUGGAGCAGGGCAGGCUGGAGGCAGCGGGGCCGCUGCUGGCGCUCGAGCGGGAGCUGGUGGCGCUGGCGGCGUCGGGCAGCGCGGACGCGGAGGAGCUGGUGCGGCGGCAGAGCAAGGUGGAGGCGCUGUACGUGCUGCUGCGCGGCCUGGUGCUCGGGCUGCUGGGCCGCCCGCUGCUCGCGGCCCCCGAGCGGCUGCGCCAGGCCCUGGCGGUGCUGGCCGAGCAGGAGCGCGAGGACGCCGCGCAGGGGCCCGGACCCGCGUCGCUGGAGGCCACGCGCCCACGCGGGUGGCUGCGGCAGUGGCGGGACGAGGUGGCGCGCGCCGCGGACGAGCGGCUGGGCGGGGCCCCCGACGGCGCCGACGACCCCGGGGCCGGCUCGCAGGCCGAGCGCGCCUUCCUGCACAUGGGCUGCACCAUGAAGAACGACCUGGAGGCCGUGGUGGAGCGCCUCAAGCCGCUCUUCCCCGCCGAGAUGGACGUGGUGGCCGUCUACGCCCGCAGCUACCACGCGCAUUUCGCUGCGCAGCUGGCCUCCAUGGCGCAGUUCGAGCUGUGCCCGCGGGACACCUACAUGCUGCUGCUCUGGGUGCAGAAGCUCUACCCCGAUGACAUUAUCAACAGCCCCAAGCUGGCAGGUGAGCUGCAGGGGCUUGAGCUGGGCAGCCUCCUGCCCCCCAAGCAGGUCCAGGAACUGGAGGUCACCUUCUUGUCCAAUGAGGUGACAGGUGUGAAGGAGCUAAUGGCUCGUGCCCUGGAGCUGGAGUCAGAGCGCUGGGCCCAGAACACUGCCCCCCAGUUCCUGGACAGCCAUUGGCACAGCGAGCUGGCCAUCGACAUCAUGCAGAUCCUGUACCAGGCCCACACCAAGGCCAGGAAUGUUACCCCAGACCUGGGCUCCCAGAUCCGGCCCAUGCUGCUAGCAGCGCUCACAGCCUUCCUCAACAGCUACCUGAGCACCUUUGACAACUUCCUGGAGAAGGGCAGGCAGCUGAGCAACUACAGGCCCAACGUCAUGGCCAACGUUAACAACUGCCAGCUCUUCUGGACCACCGUGGAGCAGAAGUGGCAGCAGACACAGGCCUCGCAGAACUUCAUGCUGAGUCCCCUGAGGGACCUCAAGAGUCACAGCUUUGCCAUCUUGCUCCAGAGCCUGUUCGAGGACCUGAAGCCACUAUUCAAAAAGGCACAGGCCCGCUGGUCCGCCCCUGAGCAGCUGGACGAAAUCCUGGCCACAGUGGGUGGUCGGCUGCCUGAGUUCUCAGGGCUUCGAGACUGCUUCCGAGAGGAGCUCAUGGAGGCCGUGCACCUGCACCUGGUGAAGGAGUACAUCACCCUCCUGGGCAGGCGCCGCCUGGUGCUCAAGGCUGUGGAGCAGCAGCUGCAGCUGGCCGGGCAGAUCGAGGCCAACGCCAACCUCAUCCAGAGUUUCUGCACGCAGCACGGCUCCCCCGCCAGCUGGUUGAACCCCGCGAUCCCCACCAUCGCUGAGAUCAUCCGCCUGCAGGACCCCAACGCCAUCAAGAUCUCAGUGGCCACGUACGCCACCUGGUACCCCGACUUUAGCAAAGGCCACCUGAACACCAUCCUGGCCAUCAAGGGAAACCUGCCCAGCAGUGAAGCCAGGGACAUCCGCAGCAUCCUGGACAUGAGCACAGGCACGAGGGAACCCACCAAGGCCCUAUUCUCUCUGAUAAAGGUCGGCUAGCACCUCC